GGGACCCCUCUCUGUGCUGAGGCUGCCACAACCUGUUGGGAGCAUUGACUGCUGGAUGAGAAGCAGCAUCACUCAUCCUGCUGUGGUGACACAAUGGAGCUUUCCACACAAAACUAUUUUCACUGCAGUUUGCUGAUCUCUCCCAGUUUGGAGCAUGACUGUCCUAAAAACCAAAGGCCGUUGCAAAACCUGUGUUCCAAAACAAAGUGCCUUUCAGUUCUGGUAACAUGAAACAGGGCAGUCCAUUAAAAAAAAAGCACAAGCCCCAUCUAAACAACCUGCGCAUUUGGUUCUCUGUGAAGAGUAGAGCGUGACCCAGACAUACCAAGAGCUGAUACAGAUAACCCAAAGGCAGGCCUCUGAAGUUAGCUCCGUCAAAGCCGUACGUGCCGUAUGCCCACUCCUGUGGCAUGGUCAUGGUGAAGCUGCUGCUGUUACAUGCAGUGCAUUGCUCGGGAAGGUGCUUGGAUUCUACUGCAGUAAGGGCAGUACUAAUGGGGAGCUUCUUUCUGUUUGCUGCUGAGUUAUCACUGCUGAAGAUGAGUGGAGGCGUUUGACUCAGCCACAACAAAGCUAAUACACUUGAUGACGCAAAAGAGUGUGGCUGGAGUGGCCUGAAAACACCCGUGAGCUAAAAGCAGAGCACAUUUAGUAAUGGUGCAUCUGUCUUUGCACUGGAAAUUCUGUCCCACCGUGUCUGUUCCCUGAGAUGAAUGCGGCUCGGAUGCGGGCGCAGAAGCGUGGGGCAUAGGUGUCACGCAGGGAUGCCCCGCUGGAAGGCGAUGGUGCCUCCCUAACGGGCUUCUGCUCCCUGCUCUGGGGUGAGGCAGCAGGUCCUGGGGCUUCGAGGGAAGGGAGGGGGAAAAGCUUAGAGGAGGAGGAUGGUCUCUGGGGAGAGGGAAGAAAAAGUGGGUCUAAAAUAUGCAGCCCUUUGAAUGUCUCAGAGCUUGCAGCUGACUGGGGUAGUAAGGGUGGGACAAGGCCAGGUCAUAGAAAAAGUGAGAUGUCCUACCAUCUGGUGGGCUUGCUUGCAGAUUGGGGGUUACUUUCCUUGUCUGCACCUCAAGGGGACCUGUUGUCCUUGGAAGGGAGUGGGGGCCAGGCCCUCUCAGCCUGGAUUGGCUAAGGGCCAGGGACAGUACUGUGGCAGCUCCCUGCCUAUUGCACUUUCAGGACUGGCCGUUGUUUCCCUUCUAAAGCUCCAGCAUGAUGCUUUUCCCCCCCUAGGGAGUCUUUUCUUUCAGUUAUCUCCUUUCUCAAACAAGGACAACUGUGCAAGGGGAAAUGGGGAAAAGAAAGGGAAAUGAACUUAAUUGCAGAAACAAACUUCACAACCCAUGGAAGGUUAUAAAGCAGGUAUGUUUAUUGCAGCGCUGGGGUGCAAGGGGGAUUGCUUCUCCUAACUUGCACAGCAUUUCAACCAGCAGCUGGAUAUUUAUUAUACAAAGUCAUGUGUGUACAUAAGAUUCCUGAGAAAAGUUUGGGUUAUUCAAAACAGUUCAGAGAAUUCAUUAUACUUUUCACCUUUGAUAUGGAAUACUGCAAAACUGAUUUAUUAUUGGGUAAUUACUUAGUUCCUGCUUAUCUUUGCAAACAUUAGCAGUUUGCUGUUUAGUUUCUGUAUCUACUAAAGCUCUUUGUUCUAUCUACAUACACAUUAUCUAUUAUCUAACUUUUGUUCAAGUGUAAAACAUCUUCUAGCUAAAGAUUAGCCCUUCCUUAUUGCCCACUUUAAACAUGCCAAGCUAAUACUUGCCCACUGGGCUGGUUGUGAUCUAUAUCAGAACAAGAAGGAAGAAGGAGCAGGGGGAAGGUGCAGAAGACAUGGGAGAAGAAAGAGUGUGUCUGCAAGAAAGAGGAGGGUGCCAGCAGGAUUCCUCAUCUAGUGGCUAAAAAGCCCAGUAUAAACUGGGACUGCGUUCACACUGGAGUGUGAAGCUGUGAGUCAGACACAUUCCUCUGUGCAGUGGGCAAGGCAGCUCUCCAGGGGUUGGUUUAGGGGGGCAGAGCCCACCUCGCCAGAGUCUGUCUGAGUUGAGAGGACACAGACUUAGGAAGAGAAAUCCACUUGUCCACUGAGUCUAUUGGUUUCCAUGAGCCCAGCAAAUGCUGUAGAAGCAACAAAUGAGCAGCUGGUGAAGAGCAGAGACUUUUCCUUCUGGCUGACAGAGGUUAUUUUGCACCUAUUGGUCUUGAAAGGGAGGACAGUGUCCAUUUCUCAGCCCUUUGAUGGUUAAGGGAAACCACCGGACAGAGCUUGUGAUGGACAAGAUCAGCAAAAUGGACUGGGCGGCUGGAGGUGAGGAAUAGACUUCUCUGGAGUACCCUAUGUCUGAUGAACUCUUGCGAUUCUUCCCUUCCCUCAGCUGCUUUCCUGUUAAGGCUAGACGUGUCCCAUACAGCGAGGGGGUUAAGGCAGGGGGAAGGAACCGGGUCUCUGACAGCCUGACUUGCCCUUGCUCAUCCUACCCAAAGAUGUCUUACAACUCUUCCUUCAUCAGUGCAAGGCCUGAAGAGGAUCCCAAGGGUGGCAGCUUCUUGGAGGAAAGCAGCGGUGAGGGCGAUGACAGUAGUGUCCUGGGAGGGGACAGCUCAAUCACAGGGCCACUGGGUGCAGUGCUGCUGGUCAUGUGCCUCACUGGGAUGGUAGGGAACAUCUACACAGUGGCGGUGGCCUUCGGCAGGGUGGCAGGUCACUCAGUGGGCUCCUUGGGAGUCUACGUGAUCAACCUUGCCCUGGCUGACCUCCUGUACCUUUCCACCAUCCCCUUUGUGGUCUGCACCUACUUUGCCCAUGACUGGUUCUUUGGGGAUGUGGGCUGCAGGCUUUUGCUCAGCCUGGACCUCCUCACCAUGCAUGCCAGCAUCUUCCUACUGACCGCCAUGAGCCUGGAGAGGUACUGGGCAGUGGCCAGGCCACUGCAGGCCAGACAGGCUAGCAACGCUUACCGCAAGCUGGUCAGCACGGUCCUCUGGCUCCUCUCGCUCCUGCUUACGUCCCCCAUGAUGGUGAUGACCCAGCUGCGGGAGGGAGAUGGCCCCCACAAGCGCAUCUGCAUUCCCACCUGGACACCAGCAGCCUUCCGGCUCUACCUGACGGUGCUCUUCACCACCAGCAUCUUGGCACCUGGCAUGGUGCUGGGCAUUGUCUACACCCGCCUGGCCUGGGCAUACUGGUCCUCUGCCUGGGGCCCAGGGCUGCCACUGGCUGGCCGGGCCUCUGCCCGGCAGCUCUUCUCCAGGAUCUCUGCCAUCGUGGUGGCCUACUGGGCCUGCUUUCUCCCCUUCUGGGCCUGGCAGCUGGCCAGGCUGUACCGGGGUGAGAGGCUGGGCAUUGGUCCCACCACCCAGGCCUACCUCAACUUCAGUGUCACCUGCCUGGCCUACGGCAACAGCUGUAUCAACCCCUUCCUCUACACCCUGCUCGCCAGCAGCUACCGCCGCAGCCCUGGCCGCAGCGGGAUGGGCACGGCACGGCCUCCAGUGCCCUCCUGGAAGGCUGCAGGGGGCCCAGUGGGAAGACACAGCAUCCCCCCAGCUUUUGGGGAUUUGUUGGGGUCUGUGGGGGAAAGCAAGGGGUGA